AGUUUAUUAAAAAGUUAGAGCUGACUCAACGCUAUUGAUGAUCUCAAAAUGGGUGACAACAUGAAAGAAAUCAUAACACUCUAUCAAAACUUAAAGCGCGUUUGGGAGUCCAAACCACCAAAUUUAGUGAAGUCGGGUGAACUUCUGACGAAACUUAAGAUUGCUUUAACACAAGUGCAAUUUUUACCAAAUAAUGAGAUUCAGGUAGAACAACAUGUCCUUCUUAUUGCCCGUGACAUUUUGGAAAUUGGAGCACUGUGGUCAAUUGCUAGUAAAGACAUACCAUCUUUUGAAAGAUAUAUGGCACAGUUGAAAUGCUAUUAUAUGGACUACAACAGAAAUAAUCUUCCAGAGUCUCCCUAUAAGUUUCAGCUUCUUGGACUGAACUUACUAUGUCUUCUUUCUCAGAACAGAUUAGCUGAAUUUCAUACUGAAUUGGAGCGUUUGCCUGUAAAAGAAAUUCAAAAUAACAUUUACAUCAAACAUCCAGUCAGCAUGGAACAGUAUCUGAUGGAGGGAAGUUAUAAUAAGGUAUUUUUAGCAAGAAGAAAUGUUCCUGCAGAUAACUAUAAUUUCUUCAUUGAUAUUUCUCUCAAUACAAUCAGGGAUGAAAUAGCUGGAUGUAUAGAGAAAGCUUACAACAGAAUAGGUCUAAAUGAAGCAGCCAGAAUGUUGUUUUUUGAAUCUUCAAAACUUAUGAAAGAAUAUGCAGCUAAGAGACAAUGGAAACUAGAGAAUGACUUUUUCUAUUUUACCCAGGAAGCUAAGUAUGCAGAUCAUAACAUCCCAGCCAAACUGUUAGCACAGCAAACUAUUGAGUAUGCCAAGGAAUUAGAAAUGAUUGUUUAGUCCAUGUUUUUUUUUUUCCUUUGGCUAUUUACAAACAUGUUUAUAUUCACUGGUUUUGAAUUGUGUAUUUAUUAGAUGAAAACAGUGCUUCAAACUCUUUAACAUGAAUAUGAAGUGAAUAAAAAUUUUUUUUUUCAAUUUUUCAAA